AUGCAUACAGAACUUUUAAUAAGCUCUCCAAAUUACAAAGCGCAGGGCAUUACGCGCGGCGUCACGUUUCAGCUAUUGUUCGCAUCGUUUCAGCGCGCGCCAAUGGCCCAACGCCACGCCCCCACUGUCCCCCGCGCCCCCGCGGGUCCCCCGCCGGGCCCCGCCCCCAUCACGUCAGCUCCUACUCCUCACGACCUUAUCAUCAGAUAUCUAUCUACUUCCUUGAUGCACAACUACACCAUUACAUAUAAAUCC